AUGCGUUCUCCAUCCCUUGUAACGCUGCUGCUACUCGUCGCUCACGCCAUCUGCGCUCCUGCUCCUAAAGAACAGGAUACAGAUCACAGCGAGACUGUCAAAGCGAGCCAGUCGAUCCAGCACGCCAUCAACAAGGCCAAACCAGGGGACAAGAUUAUCGUCGAAAAAGGGAUCUACGCUGAGCAACUGGAGAUCACGACGAGCGACAUUACUCUGAUCGGCAAGCCGGGAGCCAUCCUAAUGCCGCCCCAGAAUUACACACCGAACUUCUGCACUGGGCUCAAUUACGACUUCUCCGGCGCUCCCACUGAUGCAGGUAUCUGCGUCCAUGGAAAGGGCGUUAAGCUUGCCGAAUUCAAGCAAGAGCACAGGAAGGUCGAAUCAGUCCACGAGUACAUCAGGAAUGUCCAAAUCACUGGCUUCGAGGUGCACAGCUUCUCCGGCAUGAACAUUGUGCUUUACGCUGGAAUCGACUGUGUAUUCGCAAACAACAAGCUGGUCGAUGGCGGACAGUACGGCUUGCUGACCGUCUACUCCAUAAACACCCUAGCCAAGAGCAACAUGGUUACCUCCACUACUCCCUUCCCUAACUACAUCGCUAUGUGCAUGGACGACCAGUCGGGUGCUAAGUUCAUAGGAAAUGACAUCUCUGACUACAUCAUCGCACUCUGUACCCAGACCUCCGGUGGUCUUGUUAAAGGCAAUACAGUCAAGAGUUGCUGCAUCGGGCCUUUCGUCGAUCCUGGUGUUAAUGGUGCGAAGCUCCUUAAAAACACUAUUACAAGCCGCAAUCCCGCCUGUCCCGAUGAAGCUGCUGCUGGAAUCAUCUUAUCGGGGUCUAUCAACACUCUGGUUGAUAGGAACACUAUCCAGUUUAUAAAUUCUAAGGACAAGAAAGCAGUUGGCCUAUACCUCACUGAUGAUAACACCACCGGGUCAAAGGUAUCAGGUAACACUAUCGAGAAGAAUUACUUUAAGGAGAAUGAUGUUGACAUCGUGAAUAAUUCGACAAUCAAGCCGGAUACGAAUAUUUUCAAGGGCAACAUUUGCAAAUCAGCGUUCACGGCUGCUGGGUCAACUUCCUAUUGUGGUAGAUUCUGA